CACCACAUCGUCAACAUUGAUUGAAACUCAAACACAAAUCAACUUCCACCUAGAUUUUCAAAAUUACAGAAGCAUUCGUUGCAGCUUCAUGGAAACUCCCCAGAAAUACAAGAACAAAAAGUCCGACGCUUAUUUAAUUUGCAUAGCCAUCUGAGACCAACCUCAUCCAUAAGACCAUAACGUCUAUAAAUACCAUUCAGGAAGUUGUAUUCUUCAUUCAACUGCAAAACAAUUUCGUGCAUUUUACAAGUUCCCAAAGGACCUGACCUUUUAGCUAGCUCUCUUUUCUCCUUUUUGGUAGAUUUCUCAUUGCACUGAAGGUAUCGAUCGAUCUUUAAGGCAUUACAAGAACAAUGGGAUUCACUUUGAGCAACCAACAGCAACUGUUGUCUAAGAUAGCAACCGGCAAUGGACAUGGCGAAAACACGCCAUAUUUUGAUGGCUGGAAGGCCUUUGAUAGUAAUCCUUACCAUCCCACCACGAACCCUCAAGGGGUUAUUCAGAUGGGUCUUGCAGAAAAUCAACUUUCUUUUGAUUUGAUUCAAGAAUGGGUUCUGAAAAACCCAGAAGCCUCCAUUUGCACUGCACAAGGAGCAAAAGAAUUCAAGGACAUAGCCAUCUUUCAAGACUAUCAUGGCCUGCCAGAGUUCAGAAAUGCUGUUGCAAAUUUCAUGGGAAAAGUGAGAGGAAAUCGAGUCACAUUCGACCCUGACCGCAUUGUUAUGAGCGGCGGAGCAACCGGAGCUCACGAGAUGAUUGCCUUUUGCUUGGCUGAUCCCGGAGAGGCAUUUCUGGUUCCCGUUCCUUAUUAUCCUGGAUUCGAUAGAGAUUUGAGAUGGCGAACAGGGGUACAACUUCUUCCAGUUGCUUGUGAAAGCUCCAACAAUUUCAAGAUCACCAGAGCAGCCUUGGAAGAUGCCUAUGAGAAAGCCCAAAAGGCCAACAUCAGAGUUAAAGGCUUACUCAUUACCAACCCCUCAAACCCACUAGGCACAGUCCUAGACAGAGAGACCCUUAAAAGCCUAGUAACUUUCAUCAAUGAGAAGAAUAUCCACCUAGUCUGUGAUGAGAUCUAUGCUGCCACUGUGUUCACUCAGCCUAGGUUCAUCAGCAUUGCUGAAAUUCUCGAGGAAGAAGAAGUCGAAUGCAACCGGGACCUGGUUCACAUUGUCUACAGUCUUUCCAAGGACAUGGGGUUCCCUGGCUUUAGGGUUGGGAUAGUGUACUCAUACAAUGAUGCAGUAGUGAAUUGCGCGAGAAAGAUGUCGAGUUUCGGGUUGGUUUCUACACAAACUCAGCAUCUAAUUGCAUCGAUGCUAUCAGACAAUGAGUUUGUGGACAGAUUCAUUGUAGAAAGUGCCAAGAGGUUGAAAGCAAGGCACACGAGAUUCACUGUGGGACUUGAGGAACAAGGUACCACUUGUUUGAAGAGCAAUGGUGGCUUGUUUGUGUGGAUGGACUUGCACAAGCAUUUAAAGGAGCAAACUUUUGAAGCAGAGAUGGCAUUGUGGAGAACCAUAAUCCAUCAAGUUAAGCUCAAUGUGUCACCCGGUGUUUCUUUUCAUUGCCCCGAACCGGGUUGGUUCAGGGUUUGUUUUGCCAACAUGGACGACCAGACUAUGGAAGUUGCUUUGGAACGAAUCAGAAACUUUGUGCUUCAAGACAAGGAGGCAGCUGUGGUAGCAAUUAAGAAGAAGAAGACCUGCUGGCAAAGUAAUAAAAAGCUGAGUCUCAGCUUCAAAUCCUUCAAUUUUCGAAUAUUGGAUGAGGUCAGCAUGUCACCGCAGUCCCCUAUUCCACAGUCACCUCUUGUUCGAGCCACUUAGAAAAGUGAUGAUCAUCUCCAUUUAGAUAUGCAGCUAGCAACAUUGAUGCAUGUUUUCUCUUAGUUACUGUAUUUCAUUAUAGGUUAAUUGUUAGGUAGGUGGAUGGGUAUACUCGUAAAUUAACACAAGAAAAGAACCAAGAAUAGGUAUUCCACCUAGAAGCUAGUCAAUACAUGCAAUUGUUUUCUCACCUGCAGAUUGCAGGUUUUUCUUUUUUCACUUUCAGUGAAAAAAGUUUGUCUUGGUUUGUAAUAAUUUUCCAUCAAAGAGCUUUGAGUGCUUUCACUUCA